UUUUUCGUUUCUUCCUUUUUCUCUCUCUCUUCUUUUACUGGGAUUUUUCCAUUGUGAAAAAAAACUUGUUUCUGUUCCGAAAAUUAGAAGCACAAGAAUAAGAAGAAUUGCUAAAACUAGUAAACAUAAUUCCCUCCUUAGACCCUAGAUUCUAAUCUACCUAUCUAAAAAUUAUACAAUAAAGAAAAAGAAGAAGAAGAAAGAAAUCAACAACAAGAAAAAACAAAAAUUAAUAUCACUUAAUUCAUAGUUAUGGCUCUGGAGGAAUCGGCAACUGUGUUAGAUUCCCUCCCCGAUUCCUUCAAUUCAUCGGCGGCUACGUCUUCAUCCUCAUCCGACCGUCCAUUCGAUCAAACCGCCUCUUCUUCACCGUCCGAUCCACCGCCCUCUCUUUCGAGAAAUUCUUCACUCAACGCGCUUGCUCCGGCAUUCAUUCCACGAACUUCAUCGUCUCCGUCGAUUUCUCCGUCGACGUCGCUGACCGAUUUGAAUCAGGCCGGGAAAACGCUGGUGCACGUGUACGCUACUCCUGCUGCUACUCUUCAUCCGGUUCAGAACCAUUUUGUUUAUGCUCCUCAAUUGCCGGUUCAGUAUCCGUCGCCGUUUUAUGGUGGUGUUUUGGCCGGAGUUGCACAAGAGAUGGUUAUUGGUGCUGACUUGGAUCAUGCUAGUAAAAAUGGAGGGUUGACUGAAGAAGCUCUUCAAAAGAUUAUAAAUCAAGUGGAGUUCUACUUCAGUGAUUUAAAUUUGGCAACAACUGAUCAUCUAAUAAAGCAUAUGCUCAAGGAUCCCGAAGGAUAUGUACCAAUAUCCGUGGUUGCCUUGUUCAAGAAGAUUAAAGCUCUUGUAGAUAGUCAUGCACAGCUUGCUCAAGUUUUGCGGAGCUCUACAAAGCUUGUAGUUCGUGACGAUGGCAUGAAGGUCAAACGCAAAAUUUCUUUGACUGAAACCGACUUGAAAGAGUUGCUAUCUCGAAUAGUGAUUGCUGAAAAUUUGCCCGAGGACCACUGCCACCAAAACCUCAUGAAGAUUUUCUCAGCUGUUGGAAGUGUGAAGAUGAUUCGCACCUGCCAACCUCAGUAUUCCAGUGGUUGGGCUUCUUCAGGAUCUAGAACCGCAAAAUCAGAUAGUAUGAUGUACAGCAACAAGUUACACGCUUUUGUGGAAUACGAAUCCAUCAAAUUGGCUGAGAGGGCGGUUGCAGAAUUAAAUGAUGAGGAUAACUGGAGAAAUUGUCUAAAAGUCCGGUUACUUCUUAGACACACAGAAAAAUGUGGCCAAGCUCGAGGGAAAAAAGUUGGUCAUGAUAGUGAACACAACUUCAAGGAAGAUGAUAGUUUUGCAUUAGAGGUCAAUGAAAAGCUUAAUGAAGAGUCAUCACACCAUCUUGAUGCUCGGUCCAAUGAGCUUGCAGAGGAGCCUGACAGUGAUGGGAUGAGAAAAAGGUGUGGUCGGGGUAAGGGACAAGGACAGGGUCAGGGACGUGGACAUGGACGUCCCCAGUUUCAUCAAAACAGCUGUGGAGGUCAUUUAGGGGCUCCCAUGUCAAACAUCAAUCAUGGAAGUAGUGUGGGAAAUGCCCCCUCAAAUAUCAAUCGUGUUGGCCUAGGGCAGCCUGUUUUUGAUCAGUCAGCAGCAGCCAAGCAAUCUUCUGUACCUCGUAUGUCGGAUGGCACUAAGGGAUUCUCCAUGGGUCGAGGUAAACCAAUGGCUAUCAAAACUACGUGAUGACUUCCUACUUUCCUGAGAUUAUCAUUCGAUAAUUUCCACGUGGAGAAGGUGGGGAUUUUUCUCUCCUUUUGCAGGUAUUAAUGGCAAGGUAUUAGAAAUGCUGUCAAUCCAGUGGAGCUGGUUUGAUAACAUUUGGCCGUUUGAGUAAGAGUUUCAUCUAUUAAGUGUUUACUGAAUCAAAUGAACCUUGAAAGAAAGCUGCAUUUUUGUUGUUAUUCCUCUUCGAGUUCCUUGGUUGUAAAAAUGAAACAGUACCGAGGCAGCUACAUAGAAAUAGUAAAGAAUUUUUCAACUCU